GAGAAAGGUCGCUUUUCUGGCAUCUGAACAGAUUAAAUACAAGUAGACGUGUAAGGCGUAUGACGACUGGGAGGCUACAAGCGAAACCGUCCCGUUCUUCAGCUUUGACCAUGGCGGAUACCAGCGCUGACGACCCGGCACAUGAGCAAUUCAUGAGAGAGGCUUUGCAAAUGGCCGAGCAAGCUCUUGCGAUAGGCGAAACACCCGUUGGCUGCGUCCUGGUGCAUGACGGCAAAGUAAUUGGCCGCGGAAUGAACGACACCAAUAGGUCUUUGAAUGGGACAAGACAUGCUGAGUUCCUGGCAAUUGAAGAGGCCUUGAGAUCCUAUCCACGAUCCAUAUUUCGGACGACGGAUCUUUACGUGACGGUUGAACCGUGUAUCAUGUGUGCCUCGUUGCUGAGGCAAAAUUAUAUCCGACGUGUUUUCUUUGGCUGCGUAAAUGAUCGCUUCGGGGGAACUGGAGGAGUUUUAAAUUUGCAUUCAGACCGGGCAAUUGAUCCGCCAUAUACAGUGUAUGGCGGCAUAUUCCGCAACGAGGCGAUCAUGCUCCUACGCCGUUUUUAUAUCCAAGAAAAUGAAAAAGCACCCAAUCCACGGCCAAAGUCCAACCGUGAAUUGAAGAGGAAACUUGACGACGCUGAUGAGCCGACGUCACUGGCACCAUCUUUUCAGACAGCAUGA